AUGGCCGCCUUCGCGAGCCUCCCACCCUUCCCGGACGAUGUUCCGACGCAUCCCCUGCUUGUGGUCGACUACGACUUGAUCCUGAAGAGGGACCAGGCCGAGAUAGAUAAGCUCUGGAAGGCGGCGACCGAACUCGGCUUCUGGUACCUGAAGAACCAUGGAGCCGACGAAGAAGUGGACCAGAUGUUCGAGAUGGGCGCAGAGACGAUGAAGUUGCCCCUUGACGAGAAGAUGAAGUACGAGCAAGGCGACGAGGGAAUGUCUUUCGGGUACAAAGCCGCAGGCGCGAACGCGACAGACGAGCAGGGCUCGCUCGACACCGUCGAGUUCAUCAACGUCUCCAAAGACGAUGCCCUUGCGUGGCCAGGCAAGGUGCACCGCGAAUACCCGCGCACCGUGAACGCCCGGAUGGAGUCCACCAUCCGGCCGUUCAUAGAGAAGUCGCUCGGAGUGAACUACACCCUUCUCGCAGUCCUUGGCGAGCGACUCGGGCUCCCUGCGGGCACGCUUGAGCGGCAGCACCUCCGCGAGGAGCCGAGCGGGAGCGAGGCGCGGUGCAUCAAGAACCCGCCGCGCCCGGACGGGAUGUCGGAGGAGAAAGCCGCGCUCGGCGCGCACACUGACUUUGGGUCGCUGUCAUUCUUGCACAACCGACUCGGCGGGCUGCAGGUCAUGGUGCCCGGCACGAACGAAUGGCAGUACGUCAGGCCCAUCCCUGGCCACGCCAUCUGCAACCUCGGGGACGCUAUGACAAUCUUCAGCGGUGGUAUCCUUAGGUCAAACCUCCAUCGGGUCGUGCCUCCGCCGAAAGAGCAGGGGUACUAUGAGCGUUGGUCGCUCGUCUUCUUCACCCGACCGGGUCAAUCCGUCAUCUUGCGGCCGUUGUCUGACGAGAGUCCUAUAAUCGCGGAGGCGGUCGCCAAGCUUCCUUCGGGGAAGUACGACACCGGGACGACUUCGAAGGAGUGGUUUGCGAGGCGCAUCAAGAACCAAAGGAUCAAGAACAGAACGGGUCCAGAGACCUGGAGGGCCAGCAGGGGCACAGAGCACCAACCGUCCGCGUACUGA